AUGCAACCUGAUUUGGAACAUAAUAGGUUUCUAAAAAAAAUGGAAAAAUAAAUCAAUAAUAAAUAAAAAUUAGUACCUGUAUUUGCUAAAAAUCCAUUUAAACCAGCUGCUCGUUUAAUGUAUGGUUCUAAAAGAUAUACUAAUGUUAUAAAAUUCAAUAGUUGUUAAAAAUAUGAUAGUUUGAUUGACAAAUAUAUAGAUUCUUAAGCUAGAAAUAAGAAUAAACUGUUACAUUAAGAAAUAAAGAACCCUCAUUAAGAUGCAAUAAAAAAGAUCUUGUAGAAAUUAGAAUAGAAAACAUUUAGAAAGUAAAAUGAAAUUUUUAAAAUAGCUAGGAAUAUGAAACUAACUUAUUAACAGAAGUUGCAUAAAAAAGAAGAUUCAAAAUUAUGAAUGCAAAUGAUGAAUUCAUUUAUGAUUAAUCUACAAUAGAUUAUAGUAAAUAUUCAUUAAAAUUACCUCGAUUAAAUCAAUCUUUAGAUUUAGUAUAGUAUCACAAUGAAUCUUGUGAUAGUAAGAUUUCAAAAUUGUUGAAUAAUUGUUAAGAAGAGAAAUCUAUAUUAUCUAAUAUAGAUUCAAUUUUAGUUAACAACCAUAAAAAAUAACGGAGACAUUUGGGAGCAUUAAAAUAAUAUGUCAAUAUUUUAAGUCUUGAUAUUUGA